CCCUUCAGCUCCUCCUCCUCGCUCUCCCAGCCUGUGAAUACCACAGGCCCCACUCACCCUUUGGUCCAGAUUUAGAUCCCAGUCUCUCCCAGACUGUCAGACCCAGCUGUCUAAAGAUUCACAGAUCCUUUCAUCGGGCCUCAUUUUCCUUUUCCUGCUCCGCUCUCCUUCGGUUCUUGGUCCUCCUCUCCUCCAACAUGCCUGCCAUCCUUCAUCUCCACCAGCUCUUCCUCUGAGAUGAUAGCAGGCUCCCACUUCUCUCUCUGUUGACGGUGGUUUCACAGAGGCAGACUUGCUGCUCCUCGUCCUCAGCCAUGGAGCCUUUUGCAGAGGUCCCGUUGUUUGAGAUGGACGAGUAUGAUGAAGAGGAUGUUCUCUCCGUGAGGAGCAAAGGUGUCUUUACCUAUACAAUGCACCCUUUGGCACCCCCUGCUGGUGUGGACCCCGAUACCUUAGUUUACAUGAACUUCAUGAAGAGUCACAGCUGCUAUGAUGCCAUGCCCACCAGCUCCAAACUGGUCAUCUUUGACACCUCACUGCAGGUGAAGAAAGCUUUCUUUGCUCUGGUGGUGAAUGGUGUGAGGGCAGCGCCACUGUGGGACAGCAAACUGCAGUGUUUUAUGGGUAUGCUGACGAUCACUGACUUCAUCAACAUUCUCCAUCGUUACUACAAGUCUCCCCUGGUUCAGAUCUAUGAAUUAGAAGAACACAAGAUUGAAACAUGGAGAG